AUGUCGCGACCCAUCAACACUCACUCGCCACCGCGCGCCUCGGCAUCGCGCCCACGCAUAAACGCGCUCUCCCCUCUCCAGACAUUCUCCUCACUCUCCCCCGAGAGCGACGUCAUUAAGACCAAGUCGUGGGCUGUCUCUACCUCUCCACAAAGCAUAACCCCGAGUAGCCUCAGUCGCUCGGGCAGCGCCAACAGCCUCUCCAGGUCUUUGAGCGGGCGCGACUUUGCCUUUACCAGCCGGCGGGGAACCAACUCGUCGGACGUGAGCGACACCACCACCCGCCUUCUACUCGUCAAGGCGCCAUCGAGUCCUGACCAACCGUUGCGCAAGUCCUCGCAAUCUUGCUCGUCGCUCGCAUCUGUGGCGGUCUCUGCAUCCUCCCCACCACAGCCAGCGCGCAAGCGUUCGUUUGCGGGCGCAUCGUUUGGCGGGAUGAGCCCCAUCAGCCCCAUGACGACGCUCAGGCGUGAGGCUUCGAAUCCCGAUCUCACGGCCGCACAGAUCACCCCGACUGGAGGGCUCGUGGGUGUCGGCACUGGCUUGACGCAACUACAGAACGCACCCCAACUCUCGCCCGAAGAAAUCAUGGGGCUCGGUCGUGGAAUCAUGGCCCCUGUUGCGGCGUCCGACUCGGGUUCGGUAACGCCCGGGCGCAACCGUAGACGUAAGUCUACGGGCUCGUUCAAGAAUGUCAUGGCCGGGGGCGCCGUGCAUGCCGAACCCGAACCGAUCGCCCUGGAGCCAGUCAAGUACGUCGAGAUGGACGCUGGGGUACACCUUCCCUUCCACAACCGACCAGCCGAGGUCAAGGAGCUCUUUGAAAACCCCCGCAACACCCAGCUCCUCGCCCUUCUGCAACAGACAUUCCCUGAAGGUCCUCUGCGCCCGAACUGGAAGGACAUUGACGUGCACGAGUGGAACUGGUCAGAGUUCUACGCGCACCUCACGACCGUCGACCGUGCCGAAUGCGAAGACUACCCUUGGGUUGAGCUGGCGCGCGAUGCCGUACGCCAGCACAGCGUCUCGCUGUGGGAGAAUCUCGGUACAUGCCUAGGCUGCGAUACCGAGCUCAUGAUGGCGGGCGAGGAGGACGAGACGCCCGCGUCGUGGGGCGGUCUGGGACUGAGCGAGGAGGGCGAAUAUGACCCCUACCAGAGACGCGUGUGGAUCGAGGGCCUCGAGCCCGUCGACCCCGACGCUGAAAUGCGCGAAGAGCGUGAGCUCAGCGAGGCAUUUGACGACUACGAGUUUGGCGCCGCCGGCGGCUUCUCAUCCAUGGCAACGAUCGGGGAGGAGAGACCUGCUCCUUCUGGACCCACACCCGCUCAGCGCGCCGGCAAGGGCGAGGUUACCGACCCUCUCCGCUCUCCGGAAGCAAGGAACCACCCGCUGGCCCACGACUUUGCCAUGGCGUCUUCGGCAUCCUCGGCGUCAUCCUUGGGGUCGGUUGGAUCGCCGGUAUCUUCAUCGGGCGGUCCGAAGCGCGGACGCAGCUUUGUCGGGCUCUCGAUCACGACAUCGGCACCGACGUUUGCGCCCCGCACCCCGGGGUCAUACGAGGAGCGCGAGGACCAGCAGCAGCGUACGCCAGGCAACCCGCUGUUCGUGAGCAGCUUCAACACGCUGUCGCUCAGCCCGACGCUCGGGCGCAAGCAGAGCGUGAGUUAUGGCGUGCCGGCCGCCGACGCCGACUCGUUCAGAGGGUUUGAGAAGCCAGGACAUAUCACGAGACGCGCGAGUGGAACGGGACUGAGCGAGAGCGCGAUCACGUUUGUGAGUGACUCUAGCUUCGACGGGCCGUUCAGGUAG